AUCAAGUUAAAAAACAACUCUUGAACAACUUUACCAUCAUUUGCAACUUCAUUCUCCUCACCAAAGCCCUCCAUCUUCUCAAACUGGCUCCCACACCUCGGAUCAGAUUUUGACAAGCAAUCCAUGGCAGCUAUUUACAGUCUCUACAUCAUCAAUAAAUCAGGUGGCCUCAUUUUCUAUAAGGAUUAUGGGUCGGCGGGAAGAAUGGACACCAACGAUAGUUUGAGACUGGCGAGCCUGUGGCACUCGAUGCACGCCAUCUCUCAGCAGCUCUCCCCUGUUUCGGGCUGCUCUGGAAUCGAGCUACUUCAGGCUGAUACUUUCGAUCUUCACUGUUUCCAGUCCCUCACUGGUACGAAAUUCUUUGUGGUCUGUGAGCCUGGAACUCUGCAUAUGGAGAAUCUCUUGAAACAUAUUUAUGAGUUAUACACUGACUAUGUUUUGAAGAACCCGUUCUAUGAGAUGGAGAUGCCAAUUCGGUGCGAGUUGUUUGACAUAAAUUUGGCACAAGCAGUACAAAAGGAUCGGGUCGCCUUACUGGGAAGAUGACCUGCUUAACCUGUACCUGAGCAUGAGAGACCUUUUCUAUCCUUUGUUUUGCACUGAAUUGGUUUUCAUUUGUUUUUAAAGCUUGUUUAGUUAGUGUUCCAUUCUCUUGAUUUCUGAAACAAUGAUAGAAGGUUAGACAACCUGCGCAAGGAUUCUCCAUUGUGUAUGUGUGGAGUUAGAAAACUGGGGCUUCUGCCCAUGGCCCUCAACGAUGAGCCAUGACUAUAAAAUCAAUGUUGUUUUCCUUAAA